GGUGAUGAUGAUGAUGGCAAUGAUUCAAAUUUAAAACAUGAUACAAUAAUGGUCACUAAUAAAAAUACAGAAGAACCAACAAUACAAACAUCAUCAAAUUUAAUAUGUCAUCAAUUAUCAUCACUUAGUCGAAUGUCUUCCUAUACAUUAAAUAAUGAACAAGAUUUUAAAACUAAUUCAUCAAUGUUCAAUUUUUCAACAAAUGAUGAACCGACAAAAUGGCGUCCAAAUACAUUAAAAUAUCAUAUUGAAAAUUUAUUACAGUAA